UUGAUUUCAGGUUCUAUCAAAAGCUCUUACUUCUCCGCCUCCUCUAGAGCUCCUUGGAAAUCCACUGCGGGUUUUUCAAACGCUGCUAUUCUCUCCGUCUCUCCUCCUCUAUACCUCCUUGGAAACACUUGCGAGCUACUUCAAAUCCUCUGUGGUAAGUCAAUCGCUGGAUUAGUCUACCGAUUGGAACUAAUGCAAUGUCUCAUCUCAGGUUGUAUCGGAGGCUCCUACUUCUCCACCUCCUCUAGAGCUCUUUCAUACUCUCUGUGGUAUUAUCAAGCGUUCCCAUCUUCUCCGUCUCCACUGAAACUCCUUAAAAAUUUUCCACGGCGGCAGAGUUCGUUGAUCAAUAAGUCUACUGAUUAG